GUAGUUCUUUUAUAUUUGAUUGAAAGAAACUUAGAAACCAAUCAUCGUUAAACGACGACAAUCUCUUCACCAUCUUCAAAGUGAAAUCAAUGUUUCGCGGUCCUGCCGAAUGUUAUGCGUGUACUUGUAUAGUAAAUGCUCCGCGAUUUCACUGUCCGUACUGUCCUUGUCCGUACUUCCACAUGCAUGAUGUUCCAUUGACGAGUGGAAGGUUUGAUGGCUAUGAUAACUAUAGUAAUAGUUCCCCGGAUCCGUAUACACUUAGACGUAGUUUUUCAGAUAUCUCAUUACAUAGUCCUGACACUUUCGAUCUCGACAAUAUUGCUUAUGAGGGUUCGAAUGAGAUAGAAGAAUCAGUGGGACAAAGCAGUAACGGCUUGCCGGAGUGGAAAAUAUCCAAAUUACCAACUCAUAAAUAUGGGGAAAAAAAACCCAAAUUCAAGUGGUGGUGGCAAAAGAAAAAGAAGUUUGUCGCCAAUGAUACUCAGUGUUCGAUAUGUCUAGUCGACUACGAGAAGGGAGAUAAGAUGAUCACUUUGCCAUGUAAGCAUAUCUACCACAAGGAUUGCAUAUCACGGUGGUUGAAAGAACACAGGGUAUGCUGCGUGUGCAAACGAGAUGUUUUCUAAUAUAUUAAUGCUCAUUCUCGUCGGAUAAUAAUGAUUAACAACAAUGUAUUUUGUUCGCAUGGUUAAUUUUAGUUUAUCACUAAAAAAAUAUAGUUAUUA